GAGUGGAUUGGAUUGGAUCGGUGAAGGAAACUUCGGUUGCGAGUGGAGCUGUGGUGGUUUGAGGGACGAAGAAUGAUGUGAUGUGAUGGUACGUUAGAGUCGUUAUGUGCGAAGGCGAACAACGUUACAGAAGUGUGGAGCCGAAGCAAUUCUGUACUCGGUCAUGCAGUUUAGUUAGACUUGUAAAACAAGGCCUGACUUGGCACGGCAUCGUCGUUUUCCGUAUGUAACGUGGUACUUUACUUGCGAAGCAACUUAUUCGAUCGGAUCGUAGAGCUCUUGGUUGGAUUGUUACAACAGAUUGCCCUAGAGGAAUAAUUUUCUUCACUCCGGAAAGGCAAUCUGCACUGCAAGUGCGAAGGAACUAAAAAGAAGAGCUCUGUGUUUUCCGUGAUUUGGAGGCUGAAGUAGGAAGUGGAUAGGCGGGCGUGAUUCAUUGAUUUGGAACUUCAGUUUGUGAUUUUCGAUGCAAACAACGAAUCAAGUCCGCUUUGAUAGCGACUUGGUGCGUUGGGGUCUCCAUUUGCUCGAUGGUGGAGGGAGUUUAUUUCCACCCUCAAGUGGGAACAACACAGCAAGCCAAACUUCCAACCCUUCAUAUGAAAGCAGCACGACCAGUAACUAUUACAACUACGCAAAUGAAGGAGCCACAGGAAGAGAGUCUGAAGACCCAGGGUAUGGAACAGCGGGUGUUUAUCAAGAUAGUGGGUUGUCCAAUCACUUUCAGUCUCUAGGAGUUGAAGAGGAGGAUACGAUGGCACCCCGACGAGCCGGAACUCCGGACUAUGAGGAAUACCAACAUGGCAGUGAUGAUGAAUUCAACCUUGCCAUUGCCCUUUCUAAGUCAGAAUUGGCUUAUGAUAGAGAAGUUCGCAGACGUCUGGUGGGAACAUUUACACUUGACCACUCGCCUAAAGUAAAUACGGCCUUCCCAACGAUAGAUCAGGAAAAAGUGGGUCACCGCGAACUUAAGAACAGGUUACGUCAGUUUGGUUUGAAAGAACGGCAAAUAAUGGGAGAUGGAAAUUGUCAGUUCAGAGCUGUGUCCGAUCAGCUUUUUCGGUCACAAGACUAUCACAAGUAUGUGAGGAAGUGUGUUAUAGAUCAGUUGAAUGCUAAACCGGAUUUGUAUCGAAAUUUUGUGCCCGGGGAUUAUAAUGAAUAUGUCAAGAAGAUGGCGAAGCUUGCCGAAUGGGGUGAUCAUGUAACUAUACAAGCUGCUGCAGACUGUUUUGGAGUAACCAUAUUUAUUAUGACGUCUUACAUGGACGGUAGUGGGUGUCACAAAAUAUUGCCCCGACCUCAAGAUGGUGUCCAUAUCAGUGAACGAGCAUUGUUUCUGAUCUAUUGGUCGGAGGUUCAUUACAAUUCUCUCGAUUUGGAAGGAGAUGUACCCUUCGCACCACUUAAAGACCGGAUCAGCCGCCCAAAGUACAAAACCAAACAAGACAAAACCAAACAAGCGAAACAAGUGAAGAAAACGCCAAAGAAGAGAGGAGAAAAGAGAACGAAACAAGUGAGGAAAUCAAAAAAGCCCUCGGAACCGUCAGACAGUCCUUCUCUAGUUCUUCUCUCUCCUAGAAAGCCAGUUUCAACCAGAAAGAGGAAGAAACCUGCAGUUUCAACCAGAAAGAAACCUGCAGUUUCAACCAGAAAGAGGAAGAAACCUGCAGUUGCAACCAGAAAGAACAACUCGACUGAGUCGGAAUACUCAGACAGAUCUUCUGGAGGUUCGUCGUCUGAGUCGGAAUACUCAGACAGUUAUUCUGGAGGUUCGUCGGCUGAGUCGGAAUACUCAGACAGUUAUUAUGGAGGUUCGUCGGCUGAGUCGGAAGACUCAAACAGUUCUUCUGGAGGUUCGUCGAGAAGAACAGAGACAGAAAGCGAUGAGGAGGAUGAUGUACGCACCCAGAAACGGAAGAAACCUGCAGUUUCAACCAGAAAGAGGAAGAAACCUGCAGUUGCAACCAGAAACAAGAAGAAACCUGCAAAAAGGAGAAAAACAUAGACGAUUAAGAGAGGUAUCACGAUCUUGAAGAAAUCAAAAAAGCCCUACCAAAGAAAGAAGAAGAAAGAAAAGAAAACGUCAUACAAGAGAGGGAAAAAGAAUUCCAAACAAGUGAGGAGAAAGAAAAGGAGAAAAAGAUGAACGAUGAAGAGAAGUAUCACGAGAUUGAAGAAAUCAAAAAAGCCCUAAAAAAGAAAGAAGAAGAAAGAAAAGAAGACGUCAUACAAAAGAGAAAAAAAUAAAAUAAAGUUGGAAGGUUGACUCCAAGACAAGAGUGUUGCAGGUGAAGGAAAACCUUCAUAAGUCCAAGAUGUCAAAAAUUUCCAUCAAAGGUGAAAGCACAUACAUAGAACCGAGAGACCAGAGUGGGAGAGAGAAACAUAUUUUUGCAAGUUACUGUAAUUCACUGCCUUGAUAUCUUACAUUAGAAAAAACAGCUAGUAAGAAUUUCAAUUCAAGGAUAUACAUUUGAACAACAUCUACAAGAUUAUGUAGAGGUAAAAGUACCACAAACCAUCAGAAUCUUCCUGAUGGUGGAUUACGUAGCAAUAAAUUCAUGCUCUUUGAUUCACCCAUAAUAUUUUUUUCUCUUUGGAAAUGACAUCGAAAUAUGAUGAAAAGAUAUAUCAAAGUAAAAAAACAAUCAAACAUCUUGUCAAAAAAACAAUCUUUGUUUUUUUGGGAAGGCUGUUCAUUUUGAAUUGUAGUAUAUGUUGACUAUAAUAUAAGUAUCACAACUUUGAAAG